GAGGAGACUCUAAAGGAACCAGAAGGUUCAAAGUUCAUCUUUUGCUUACUUGGAGCAAUUGAUUCACGUAAGUUGGUAAGACUCGAUCAAAUUUGGGGAAGUAGUAGUACUUGAACACUAGCAUUAUAACUCCCCCCACCUGAAUCAGAACCCCAAAACAAAAAAAAAGGAGAUCCCUUUUUCUCCGGGAAGAAAGAAGUUUUCUGAUUCAUGUUAAAGAGAGGAAAUUUCGGAGAUGGGUUUGCUCGAAUCGGUGAGAUCAAUCAAUUGGGAACUCGAAUCGUCUCCGGUUUGCCGAGAUUUUCGUGUUCUUCCUCUUUUUGCUGUCUUCUUCCCUUCGAUUCGUUUUCUCCUCGAUAGAUUCGUCUUCGAGGUAAAUAUUAUUAUAGAGAGAUCCGACGCUUAUGAGAAAUUGGCAAAACAUUUGAUCUAUGGAAAACAUAGGCAGGAUAUGGGAGAUGACACAACCGAGAGGAAGAAGAAGAUCAGAAAAUUCAAAGAAUCGGCUUGGAAGUGUGUUUACUAUCUAUCAGCUGAGAUUCUUGCUCUUUCUGUGACUUUCUAUGAGCCUUGGUUUAUGAACACUAAAUACUUUUGGGUUGGUCCUGGAGAUCAGACUUGGCCUGAUCAACAAACCAAAUUAAAGUUGAAGCUUUUGUAUAUGUUUGUGGCUGGGUUCUAUACAUACUCUAUCUUUGCUCUGGUUUUCUGGGAAACGAGGCGUUCUGAUUUUGGAGUUUCAAUGGGUCAUCAUAUCGCUACCCUUAUUCUUAUCGUCCUCUCAUACGUAGCUAGCUUCUCCCGUGUUGGUUCUGUUGUUCUGGCACUUCACGACGCUAGUGAUGUGUUUCUUGAAGUGGGGAAAAUGUCUAAAUAUAGUGGAGCUGAAAGAGUUGCGAGCAUUUCAUUCAUUCUUUUCGUUUUGUCUUGGAUCAUUCUCCGACUCAUUUACUAUCCCUUUUGGAUCCUAUGGAGCACCAGCUAUGAAGUAGUUUUGGAGCUGGAUAAGGACAAGCACCCAAUUGAAGGACCAAUUUACUACUACAUGUUCAACACUCUCCUCUAUUGCUUGCUUGUGCUUCACAUUUACUGGUGGGUUUUGAUGUAUCGGAUGCUUGUGAAACAAAUACAAGAUAGAGGCAAACUUAGCGAAGAUGUCAGAUCUGAUUCUGAAGGUGAAGAAGAACACGAAGACUGAUUUGAUUGAUCACAAAGGUAGUAAUUUUCGUCUGGUUAAUAUGACAUGUAAAAGCACGGCGUUACCUAUUAACAUGUUCAGAUUCUUUUACCGACAUGAGUCUCCAAUCUCCAAACAUUGGACCAACUCAUGGUACAUAAUGGAUUUAGGAUCUCUCUCAUUCUUAAAGAUUUGGAAAAUUAUAGAUGUAUUGAUUUGUAUGUAGUCUGAAACAAACUCCAUAUCUUCUUUUAUUGUAUUGUAUUCAAUUCUCGUUUUGUAUCACUCACCAUUCAUAAUAAAAUAUCUAACUGAUUCAUGUUUCUUACAA